AUGCCGGAAGAGCUGAGGAAUGCCGAGGCCAACGCGGAGUUCAAGAACUUGGAGACCGAGAAGUUGGUUGUCGAGCAUGUGCAGGUGAACGCUGCGCAGCAGGGCCGCCGACGAACCUACCGAGCUCACGGCCGCAUCGGCCCAUACAUGAACUGCCCGUGCCACGUGGAGCUCAUCCUCUCAGAGCCCCUCGAUGGUGUGGAGAAGGCAGACGAGGAGGUCAAGCCGAAGAAGUUCACCAGAAAGCAGUUCGCCAAGCUCCGCUUGAAGGUAGGUGGCGACCAGUGA